AGUGCAGACUCUCUGACUUCUGGGUUUGCAGCAUUGGCCCGCUCUGUGGCAUUUAACUCAAGUGUGUGUGGAAGUUGAUUCUGAACUCUGGCCUCUUUGACAGAAGCCAGGUCCCUGAGUCGUAUUUUGGAGACAGAUGCAAGAAACCCCUGACCUUCUGAACAUACACCUCAACAAUGGUGCAGGAAAGACAAUCCCAAGGGAAGGGAGUCUGCUGGACCCUGAGACUCUGGUCAGCUGCUGUGAUUUCCAUGUUACUCUUGAGUACCUGUUUCAUUGCGAGCUGUGUGGUGACUUACCAAUUUAUUAUGGACCAGCCCAGUAGAAGACUAUAUGAACUUCACACAUACCAUUCCAGUCUCACCUGCUUCAGUGAAGGGACUAUGGUGUCAGAAAAAAUGUGGGGAUGCUGCCCAAAUCACUGGAAGUCAUUUGGCUCCAGCUGCUACCUCAUUUCUACCAAGGAGAACUUCUGGAGCACCAGUGAGCAGAACUGUGUUCAGAUGGGGGCUCAUCUGGUGGUGAUCAAUACUGAAGCGGAGCAGAAUUUCAUCACCCAGCAGCUGAAUGAGUCACUUUCUUACUUCCUGGGUCUUUCGGAUCCACAAGGUAAUGGCAAAUGGCAAUGGAUCGAUGAUACUCCUUUCAGUCAAAAUGUCAGGUUCUGGCACCCCCAUGAACCCAAUCUUCCAGAAGAGCGGUGUGUUUCAAUAGUUUACUGGAAUCCUUCGAAAUGGGGCUGGAAUGAUGUUUUCUGUGAUAGUAAACACAAUUCAAUAUGUGAAAUGAAGAAGAUUUACCUAUGAGUGCCUGUUAUUCAUUAAUAUCUUUAAAGUUCAGACCUACCAAGAAGCCAUAACUUCUUGGCCUGUACAUCUGACAGAGGCCGUUCUUUUCCUAGCCACUAUUCUUUACUCAAACAGAAUGAGCCCUUUCUCCUUCUGAUGGUUAGAGUUUUGUCAACUUGACACAAACUAGAGUCACCUGGGGAGUAGGAUCUUCAGCUAAGGAAUUGCCUCUGUCAGCUUGACCAGUCAGCAUGUCUGGGGGCAUUUUCUUGAUUAAUGAUUGUUGUAAGAGGGUCCAGGUGGUAAGCAAAGGUGUUAAACCCAUGAAGAGCAAGCCAGGGAGCAUCAUCCAUCCAUCUCUGCCCUCAGGUUUCUGCCCCAGGGUCUUGCCCUGGUUUCUUUCUAUGAACUGCUGUUACUUGAAAGUAUAAGAUGAAUAAACAAUUUCAUCCAAGUU